CCAUGAACAGGCGCAGAAACACAAUUGGACCAAUGGUGUUGGGCCACUGGACGUCUCUUAACCAAUCAGAUGUGAGGUUGACAGCAGUCAAGGUUGAGUGACUUACCGGCAUUGUCAGCCAAUGAGAGUGAAGUUUGCGUGACGACGACUGCCCCACGUCACGUGAAUGCCACUUUCGGUUCAUUUUCACAACCGGGUUUAACUGAAUUUGAAGAAUUAUCUAAGCAGAAGUAUGCGUGUUAUGUCCUCAUUGACUGUGAGACACAAAAAGAGAUGAAAAUGGGGAGGAAGCGACUGCCAGCGAGCGCGUCCAGUGCGGCUGUCAGGAGACAAGAAGAACAAUUGCCCUGGAAGAAACAAAAGCUUGUGGACAUCCAUCGAGCCCUGAACAGUGACCCGGUUGACAUUGAGACGUUGCGGCGGACGGCUGUGAGUGAAGGCGGUUUGCUGACCGAUGACGUCAGGAGGAAAGUUUGGCCCAAACUCCUCAGUGUUAAUGUGUACAACCUCCCUGCCAAACCCUCCAAAGAUGUCCGAGAGGACCACAAAGACUACAGACAGGUGGUGCUUGAUGUGAUGAGAUCCAUGCGACGCUUUCCGAAAGGCAUGCGUGUGGAUGAGCGAGAGGUUCUUCAGGAGCAGCUCAUUGACAUCAUUCUGGAUGUCCUGCGGAGAAACCCUCAGCUGCACUAUUAUCAGGGUUACCAUGACAUCAUCGUCACCUUCCUGUUAGUGGUGGGAGAGAGGAUGACCAUUGCGCUCAUGGAUAAACUCUCCAAUCAUCAUCUCAGGGACUUCAUGGACCCCACCAUGGACAGCACAAAACACAUCCUCAACUAUCUGAUGCCCAUUCUGGAGCGAAUGGAUCCAGAGUUACAUGACUUCAUGAUAAGGUCUGAGGUUGGCACUAUCUUCGCCCUGAGCUGGCUGAUCACAUGGUACGGUUACGUCCUGUCAGACUUCAAACAUGUUCUGCGGCUCUACGAUUUCUUCUUGGCGUCUCAUCCACUCAUGCCCAUCUACUUUGCUGCUGUGAUUGUGUUAUACAGACAGAAGGAGGUAAAAGGUGUUGAGUGCGAGAUGGCUAGUGUUCAUCACCUGUUGUCUCAGAUGCCUCAGGAUCUCCCGUACGAAGAGCUGAUUAUUCGAGCCCAAAGUCUCUUCACCAGCUGCCCGCCCUCUUUACUGGCCCAGUCUGCAGCGCUGCAGUCACGCAACAUCAUCGCCAUCAGCACCUUUAAGGACUUCCAGAGCUCGACACUGCGGCAGCGUCCCGACUCCAUCCUACGUGAACAGCUCCAGAAACGGCAUGAAAACCAACUCGCCCUUCCCGUGAACUCUCAGCCAGCAAACACUAACCAGCUAAUCAAGAUGGCCGUGUGGGGUCUAUCGGCCACAUUAGGGGCUGCAGCGCUGGCCGUGGCCCAGACAGCCAUGGACUGGGCACCUGAGUUCCUCUCGCAACUCUUCUGAAGCGUACAUUGUUAUAACGUGCCAAAUGCGUGUCUGCAAAUGUUUUGUCUUUCAGACAUCUUUAGGUUUCCAAAUAUUCUUACAGGCCAAUAUAUGUCUUAAGUGUUGAUUACAAAGCCAGAGCGAGUGAAAACAUGUCUUUUAGCUGAGCUAAUAUUGGGCACGUGGGAGGAGUCAAAUAAGGUUUUUGUAAUCAUAAGCAUUUCUGUUUGUCGUUCUAUCAGCAGAAUGUCAGAGAAAGUGCUCAGCUGAGCAUUCUGAGCAGCCGCAGGAGCACAAAUUAUUAAAAGGGUUUUUUCCUGCUGAAUGGCGUCAGGAGUGAGCAAAGGAAAAGCUCAUUAACGGGAGAAACGGUUGAAGGUUGAAGACCACAGAGGCUACUCAACUCACUCACUGGUGAACACACAGCACUUUAAAACACCAGUGUUUAAUCCACAGCCUGAACACUUAUUAACCGACACAUCACAACAGCAAAAAUAGAAAAGAAAAUUACAUCAAAACAUUGACAUUUGAUAAACCGUAUAUACACUUAUGACAUUUAAUACACAUGUGACAACCUGCCCCGACCUGACUUUUGUCCUAAGAAACACCUUUAGACCUUUUGGCAGGAAAUCCAAAAGAUGUU